AUGAGCAAGACCCACCCGCCAGAGCUGAAGAAGUACAUGGACAAGGAGCUCGAGCUCAAACUCAACGGCAACCGACGCGUUUCCGGCAUUCUUCGUGGCUACGACCCCUUCAUGAACAUGGUCAUCGAUGAGGCCGUCGAGCACCAAAAGAACGGCGAGGAUUCCCCGAUUGGCCAGAUCGUGAUCCGUGGCUCGUCCGUCAUCCUGAUGGAGCCGAAAGAAAGACUUCAA